AUGUCACUCUAUCCUAUCCCAGGUCAAGAUGAACCAGACCAACAACAACCAGAUUCAUACUCUUCUACUACUACUACAACUACGACAUCUGCAAGAUACGAAGAUCUACAUUCUGUAGCAACACCAACAACACCAACAACUAGCAAUAGCACCAAUACUAGUACUACAGCUGCAUUUGCCAAUUUAAACAUUGCUCAUACUCCAUCACCAAACAUGUACCAAUAUUACAAGACUCAGGUUGUAUCACCACAACUUCUUCAACAGCAACAACAACCACCACCACAACAUAUUGAUGCAUACCAACCUCCUCUUCCACAACAACAACAUCAACAACAACAACAACAACAACAACAACAACAAUAUACACCACCACCAACAACAACAAAUAAUAAUAAUAGUGAUAAUACAUAUGGAUACUUCUUACCAAAACAACAACCAUCACCAGCUGUGAUAACAUCACCACAAUCUAAUUCAGUGGCUUCAAAUGGUUCUAUAGUCGCUCCAACAAAAACAACAACAACGAAUAAUAAUAAUAAUAAUAAUAAUAAUAAUAAUAAUAAUAAUACCCCAUCACCUUCUGGUUCGGUAACAAGUAUUCCAAAUAGAUCAACUUCACCAUUGAUCCAAUCAAAUCCUCCUACCAUUUCACUCCCAAUUCCCUUUCUCAAGAGCCUGUCUUCUCCAACUUCGACUUCUCCAAGUACUCAACAACAAUCAUUGGUCGAACAACAAAAGGUCUAUGAAUUGUUAAAGACUAUGAGUGGACAACUUGAAUCUGUAUUAAAUAUUGUAAACAAGAGUGCUGAAAGAAUGCAAACAUUGGAGGAAGAUCUUAAAUCUGUAAAUCAAAAAUGUGAUUAUUUGCAACAACAAUUAAAGCAACAACAAUCAUCAUCUCCAGCCCAAUCACCAAAUCAACAACAACAACCACAACAACCACAAGGAGUAAUUUAUUCACAAACUACAUCUAAUUUCCCACCAACUGUUUCUUAUGGAUCUGGGGGUGGUCCAGCUUCACAAAUAUUGGAGCAACAACAACAAGGACAAGGACAACAAGUGUUGCAACAACAACAACACCCACAAGCUGGAUCGAUUGCUGUGCCAAUCAAUCAACAGGGACAACCAAUCCAAAUGUUCCCUCCAGCUCCAUUCUACCCCGUUAAGCCAAUGGCAUAUCAACCAGUUAGUUUUGCACCUGGUGUAUCACUAGGCCAACAACAAUUACAAUUACAACAACAUUUACAACAACAUCAACAACAACAAUCACAACAACAACAACAACAACAACAAAAUAAUGGUAAUAAUAAUAAUCAAUUUGUAAAAGAUGCACCACCAAGUUUCCAACAACCUCAAAACAAAUUACAACAAAUCCAACAACAACAACCACAACACUUACAACAACAAGGAGGUUAUGUUCAACCAAGUCAACAUAGUUAUAUUUUCCAUCAACAACAAUUACAACAACAGUUACAACAACAACAACAACCAUCGCCAUCUCAAUCACAGUCACACCAUUCUCCACAAGCCCAACAACCACAACAACAAUCACAACAACAACAACAACAACCACAAUCAAGUGGAGCAACACCACUUCCAUUCGACUGUCCAAUGUGUACUCGCAAGUUUGCAACGGAACCAGAAAUCAAUCAACAUGUAAAUUCUCAUUUUGAGGAACCUCCUCAAUCUUCAUCAAAACCAUCAGCUUCUAGAAGAAACUAA